UGGAAGUGAGGCCAAGAGCCAAAUGCUGCUUUCUCCUACUCCUUUGGGGUUUGGAAUAAGACACUCUCUCUGCAACCGCGCUUGGGCAGAACAGGAUUCCCACUGUCUGGCGACUCCAAAUCAGAUGCAAACUGAUUCUUUGUCUCCAUCUCCUAACACUGUGUCUCCAGUGCCUUUAAAUAACCACACAAGUGCCCCAAGAUUUGGAACUGUCAUUCCUAAUCGCAUCUUUGUUGGCGGAAUUGAUUUUAAGACUAACGAGAAUGACCUAAGGAAGUUUUUUUCCCAGUAUGGCUGCGUGAAAGAAGUAAAAAUAGUAAAUGACAGAGCUGGAGUAUCGAAGGGGUAUGGUUUCAUCACAUUUGAAACUCAGGAAGAUGCACAAAAGAUUUUACAAGAGGCUGAAAAACUAAAUUACAAAGAUAAGAAACUAAAUAUUGGUCCAGCAAUAAGAAAACAACAAGUAGGGAUUCCUCGGUCCAGCAUAAUGCCAGCAGCUGGAACCAUGUACUUGACCACUUCAACUGGAUAUCCAUACACAUAUCAUAAUGGAGUGGCAUACUUUCAUACUCCUGAAAUUACUUCUGUGCCACAGCCAUGGCCUUCACGUUCUAUUUCCAGUUCUCCUGUGAUGGUAGCUCAGCCGGUUUAUCAACAGCCUACAUACCAUUAUCAGGCUCCUGCUCAGUGUCUUCCAGGACAGUGGCAGUGGAGUAUUCCACAGUCCCCUGCCUCUCCCACCUCAUUCUUUUACCUGCAUCCUUCUGAAAUUACAUAUCAACCACUGGAAAUUACACAGGAUGGUGGGUGUGUCCCUCCUCUUUCGCUAAUGGAAGCUGCAGUUCCAGAGCCUUAUUCUGAUCAUGGAGUACAGGCAGCAUAUCAUCAAGUUUACGCUCAAAGUGCUAUAGCCAUGCCAACCCCUGUGUUGCAGCCAGAAUCCGUUAAAGAAACAAGGAUACAUCCAGUGAGGAGGAAUUUUUCUCAUCCUUCAUCAAUGACUUUGAAGCCUCGCUAUGCACGUAGUCCUCACUUUCAUCCUAGAAAAGAUUACAGAUCAGAUGACGCAAUGCUUACUACUCCUUCAUCCACAGACUCUGUUAAAUAGAACCUUAGGUAUUUACAUUACCAAGUAAACGUGUGUAAUAUUGUAGCUUGUCACAUUUGUCAAGUAUUGGUAAGUCAAAAUGAGCUUACUUUUUUAAGGAGAUAAAAUACCUUACUUGUAAACAUUCAGUUAAUAAACACAAAUCGCAGUAAAAUCAUGUUUACCCUUAUCGGUUGACAUACUUACCUUGUGACACAGACUUGUAAUUUGUAGACCAUGCAUGGACUGUUUAUUAGUACAGUACAUUUCUAUUGCAAAAUAAACAUUUAAUUCCUUUUUCUCUGAGAAAUUGCAAAAAUGGCUAAAAAGAUACUAAGAACCAUUUUUCCUAGACUGAAAAUUCAUAUAGUGUUGGAUUUUCAUUUUUAAUACUUCUAUUUCAGUAUUCUUUUGAAUUUGGUAUACUUUCUGUUUUUCAUAUAUUAACUAGUAUCAAAUCAAUCUGUUUUUAUUUUGUCAGGGAGAAUCUAGUAAUGUUAAGGUUCUUUAAAAAUGGAAAAUAAGACCAUUUCCUUAUAUCAACAUUCUGAUUUCUGUACCUGAUGCUCUAAAAUAUACUAAAAUUGCGAGGCAUUAUUUUAGGUGUGAAAAAUGCAAGUAUUGUAUUAAUACAAUACUAAACUAUUUCAAAAGCUACAUUCAACUAUUAGUCUAUUGGUGUGCAGGAUCAAAAUGAAUCACUGCCUAUAUCAUGUCCUGAAAAAGAACCCAUUAUUCAUGUCACUAUGAGGAUAAAAAUUAGCUAUUUGUUCCUUCCUUUUCUUUAUAACCUUUUAUUACAUUGCCUCAUCUUCAAAUUAUUCUGGCAGAAUAAAUGUAUCUGCUGUUUUUAAUUGGAGUGAAAUCACAGUUAUGUCACUUGCACUGUGAAAUGUCAUUAUUUUAAUUUCUGUGUAUUAAAGUGAGCUUCCGACUCUUUCGGGGGCUUACUUUUGUUUUUUAUGUCAAAUAAGGAGUUUUUAGUCAUUAUUACAACAGUAAUACAUACAUCAGUAAGAUCACAUUUAAAUAAUGUAUUUAAGAUCUACUAAUGUUGUCUUUUAACAUUGUAGUAGCCAUAUACAAUUUUUAUUGCCUGUUUCGUCUAAAAUCUAUGUCAUUGCCUGUGGCAGUAGCAAAGGAGAGUAAUUCCUAAUAACAUUUUAUUUAUUUUUCUAGUAAUGUUCACGCUUAAUUUUUCAUAGGGUAUGUACUAGCAUUGAGCAGGGGAAAAACCUAUGCAAAAGUAAUUUAUUCAUUUUGUAAAAAUGUUUAUGAUAGCCCAGUAGUUGAUUUAAAUGGUCUUUAUAUCAAAUGUAAAUAACUUGCAUUCUUGGGAGAGAGAUCUGUUCAACGUUCUGUUCUUAUAGUUGCACAAGUUUUAAAAUAUAUUUGCAAAAUUUCAUUGACAUUUUUUGAAACUGCCUUAUAUCUGUGAAAUGACUUGCUCAGUUAUACAUGCUGUUAUACGCAAUAGAGAAAAAGCCAGGAAAAUGCUAUGUGUUCUGUUACUGUGGCCUUAUUUUGCAGCAUAUCAUGCAGCUAUUGUACAUAACCUAUUUAAUCCAAGCAAUUGGGGUUGGUUUUAAAUCUUUUGCUUGGGUUCCCAUUUUUUGUAUACAACAAAAAUGAUUGGAUCCAGUGUUGUUAUGCUGCUGAUGGAACUGCUUCUGUUAGCAGAAUGAGGAGUGUUGAUCCUCAUUUCCACACAUACUGCCCAGAUAUCCUGGGAGUUACCCUGGAAUAAGAGGAAUUGGAAAAUGGACCACACUAUUGUAUUUUUAAAUAAUAUUUAAAAACAUGCAAGAAGCAUAUGGUAUUUAGUACUGCCACUUGUAAAACAACUUUUUCCAUCAUAUAUGCAAACCUUUAUUCUAACUGCUGUGGUCUCUUAUUAAUAUGUGCAUCGGGUAGAUGCAUACCUCUUACUUUACGUUUAAGU